AUGGUCUCAGGGGGGAGAGGGGAUGUCGGGGCCUCCGUGCAGGCGGAAGUGUGGCGGGCCCGGGAGUCCCUGGAUUGUGGCGCGGCACCUACGAGUCCGCUUGGAGGCGGCGUCAUCCGGAGACGCUUUUCAGGGACCCGACCGCUGUCCAAUCGCCUCGGGCUCCCUGGAGAGGCGGAGCCCAGCCCGGGCGUGGUGUUCACCAUCGGGGCUCGAACUGCCGACAAGAACCACAGUCCUGCCCCGGGCAGCUUUGACCUGGAAAAUGGGCUCUCGUGUGGGAGGAAUACCCUGGACCCGCAGUCCGGGCCUGGCCUGGGCCGGGGGAGCCAGGCACCCGGUCAGCACAGUCAGAGACGCGAGUCCUUCCUCUACCGCUCGGACAGCGACUACGAGCUCUCGCCCAAGGCCAUGUCCCGGAACUCCUCCGCCGCCAGCGAUCUACACGGAGAGGACCUGAUUGUUACGCCCUUUGCCCAGGUCCUGGCCAGUCUGCGGACGGUUCGAAGCAACGUGGCAGCCCUGGCCCACCUGCAGGGCCGCGGGGUAGCCAAGCAGGUGUCUGCAGAGACCCCUCCAUCCAGCAGUUCAAGCCCUCCACCUACAGAGGACGCUGGACAGAAGCUGGCGUUAGAGACCCUGGAUGAAUUGGACUGGUGUCUGAAUCAGCUGGAGACGCUCCAGACGCGCCACUCGGUGGGGGAGAUGGCCUCGAACAAGUUCAAGCGGAUGGAACUGGGAAUUGACGCACCGGUCGGGCUGAACCGGGAAUUGACGCACCUGUCGGAAACCAGCCGCUCCGGGAACCAGGUGUCAGAGUACAUCUCCCGGACCUUCCUGGACCAACCGACAGAGAUGGAGUUGCCCAGAGAGACCCCCCCAGAGCCCCCGCGGCCCCUGUCCGAGAUCAGCGGUCUACGUGGGCUCCCCCGUGGUCCCAGCCUCUCCGCGGCCACUGUCCCACGCUUUGGGGUCCAGACUGAUCAGGAAGCGCAGUUGGCCAAGGAGCUGGAAGACACCAACCGAUGGGGCCUCGACGUGUUCAAAGUGGCGGAGCUGAGUGGAAACCACCCGCUCACCGCCGUCAUGUUCAGCAUCUUUCGGGAACGGGACCUGCUCAAGACAUUCCAGAUCCCGGCGGACACACUGGUCACUUACCUUCUGAUGCUGGAGGGUCACUACCACGCCGACGUGGCCUAUCACAACAGCCUCCACGCUGCCGACGUCGCCCAGUCCACGCACGUACUGCUGGCCACGCCCGCCCUGGAGGCUGUGUUCACCGACCUGGAAGUGCUGGCUGCCAUCUUUGCUAGUGCCAUCCACGACGUGGACCAUCCUGGGGUCUCCAACCAGUUCCUCAUUAACACCAAUUCAGAGCUGGCGCUCAUGUAUAACGACGCUUCUGUGCUGGAGAACCACCACCUGGCCGUGGGCUUUAAACUGCUGCAGGCGGAGAACUGUGACAUCUUCCGGAACCUCAGCGCCAAGCAGCGGCUGAGUCUCCGCAGGAUGGUGAUUGACAUGGUGCUGGCCACCGACAUGUCGAAACACAUGAACCUCCUGGCUGAUCUCAAGACCAUGGUGGAGACCAAGAAGGUGACAAGCCUCGGUGUCCUGCUUCUGGACAACUACUCUGACCGCAUUCAGGUCUUGCAGAACCUGGUGCACUGCGCCGACCUCAGCAACCCCACCAAGCCGCUGCCCCUGUACCGCCAAUGGACCGACCGCAUUAUGGCCGAGUUCUUCCAGCAGGGCGACCGCGAGCGCGACUCGGGCUUGGACAUCAGCCCCAUGUGCGACAAGCACACGGCGUCGGUGGAGAAGUCCCAGGUGGGUUUCAUAGACUACAUUGCCCACCCACUGUGGGAGACGUGGGCUGACCUCGUACACCCCGACGCUCAGGACUUGCUGGACACCCUGGAAGACAACCGAGAGUGGUACCAGAGCAAGAUCCCCCGAAGCCCAGCGGACCUCACCAGCCCAGAGUGGAGUAGCCCUGACAGAUUCCAGUUCGAGCUGACUCUGGAAGAGGCUGAAGAGGAGGAAGAAGAAGAGGAGGAGGGAGAAGAGGAGGAGGCAUCGUUAGGCCAAGAAACCUCGGAAUCGCCUGACACGGAGCUCCUGUCCUCUGAGGCCAGCCCAGACCCCGAGGCACCACCCCUGGGCAACCAGAGGACUUUGGGCAAAACUUGUGUGGACCGUGAGGGCAACAUGGUGACUGAAUCCUUGGGGACCUAAUGGCUUUUCCAGAUAGAAGUCCCAGGUGGCUUCUGCUUUGCUUUUCCCACCCAUUGAGAGAGACAACCAAGCUUUUCCUUCUAAGCAGUUGUAGGGUUUCAUUAGAAGAACUUGGCUGGGGUCCACUCUGACCCCGGGCUUAGCUGAGAGAGUUCUCAAAGGGGCUGGAUGGAGGGGAGCGACUUCGUCUUCGAACUUUUGUUUUGAAGAGUUUUUUGUUAUAGGGUGCAUGCGCUCACCAGAAAGAGAGACAGAGACAGAGAGACAGAAAGCAAGA